AUGGCAUACGGAACUUUAAUUGCGACAGCUACAGCAAGUAUUGCAACUAAUAUAUCAAAAGUCGUCAAUACAACAUUAGCAGCUGUUACGACCACUGUAUUGCCGUUGAACGUGAAUUUGACUGCCAUAAACAGUACUGUUCACUCGAAUAUCACUAGUACUGCUGCAGCAACCUCUACUGUUCCGUUAUCGGCAAGUACGGCUGUUACGAAUUUCACUACAACGACCACAGCAAUGUCGGCUACGAACCCCGCUACAAGUGCAGGUCCCAUUCUUACCACAGCUGCUCCAAUACCAGCAGCAGGCUCAUCCUCUGGAUUAAUAUUCCUUUCGAUCAUACUCUUCGUGGUUGCAGUAGCUAUAAUAGCAAAGAUCAUAUAUAGUAACAGUAAAAGAAGGAGCGAUCUUAUUGGAGGAACUGCCCGCUGGAGAUUAGCGGCAUCACAACAGAGCGGAGCAGGACCGCAACAGACUGCCGCCAACUAUACGCCAAUGAGCGGUGCGCGACAAACUAACGGUGCAAACGGAUUGGACACGCCUGGUCCAGAUCGGUUGGACUGGGAACGACAGUUCUUUGAUGACACAGAGGCUACGGUCCCUUCUCGGCUACAACUUGAUCUCAGCCGCACAUAA